AACCGCGUUUCAACAAACUCAAAAUCUUCUCCUUCUCCUUCUCCUUCUGCUCCCUCCCCUGUUUUUUAUUCCUGCAUAUAUUACGUUCUAAUUAUAAUCAUAUUCAUGAUAAUUUUUAUAAUUGAAUUACACCCACAUUUCUUUUUUUCUUUUUUUCUUCUUCCAAGAUCAUGAUUUUUACUUCUCGUGGUCUCCACCACCACCACCACCACUACCACCAUGCGUUGGCUUCAUAAUAUCUCUUUCUCUUCUCCUUCCUCUUCUUCCUCUCCUCUCUCUGACCAACAUUCUUCUUAUAACCCUCGCAAUAAAGCCCAUAAGAAUCACCAUAUUUACAUCAAUAGUCGAAUUAACAACAACAACAACAACAAUCCUAAUAAUUCUAAUACUAAUAAAAGUACCACUCAUGGUAACAAUAAUGAGAGGCCUUCGCGAGUCCCGAGAUUGACGAGGCAGAAGAAGCUCAGGCAUUUGAGCGAUCAGGAGAUUGUUGGAAUCACCAAAUUGCCACAAACGGAUGAUAUACGCGACUCCGUUACAUUGUCUAGAUCGAACAGCGGUUAUGGUCGAUUGUCCAACGCGUCCACAAUCAGGUCUUUGCCGUCUUCGUCAAAUGCCGCCACCGCACAGCCAUUGCCAUUGCCUCUGCCGUUGCCUGUACGGGAUGAUAACGGUGAGCCGCGGCUCUUGUCGCCCAGAGAUGCUGGCGGAAAUGGAAGAAGCUCGGAGGAGAGAGAAAGAGACGGUUUUAGAGAUAGAGAUAGAGAUAGAUUAGAUGGAGCUGGGGACGGAGUUUCAUCAACAAUUAAGAGCGUGUUCUCCCGCGGUAUUGAGAGGAAGAAGCCUGAAUAUUUGGAGACGAGGUCAACUAGUAAAGUGCAGCAAGAUCUGAAUAGAAUAGAUAGUUCUAAAGAAAAUUUCAUGCAUUAUAUUAUUCCUGCUAAGAGUGCUCCUUCUAGUCCUUUUGCAAGUCCCGUACUCAGCCCACAGAAGAUGAGCAUUAAUCAGAUGUUUAAGAAUUAUUAUAAUGUUCCUCACGGUAAUAAAGUAUGGUCUGCCCCGGAGAUGCCGCGCUUAGAUAUUCCUGGCCUUCCUCCACCUGCAUACUUUGAUUUCACUGCUUUUAGUGCUGAUAAUUCUCCUUUUCAAAGUCCUCGUAGUAGAAGUCCAUGUCGAAACCCCAUAAGCCCAACUGGACCUUCCUCACCUAUGCAUUCCAAAUUGUCCCGUGAAUCUACUAGUCAUGUUGAAGUCCACCCGUUACCUCUUCCUCCAGGACCACCCAUUUCUUCACCAUCAACUUCUAAUCCUCAUAUUCCAGCUAAACCUGAACCUCUGCCUAUGAAUAAUCAAUGGAAAAAGGGAAAGCUUAUUGGACGUGGUACUUUUGGGAGUGUUUAUGUUGCCAGCAAUCGAGAAACUGGAGCUUUGUGUGCGAUGAAAGAGGUUGAAAUAUUUCCUGAUGACCCAAAAUCUGCUGAAUGUAUAAAGCAACUGGAACAGGAAAUCAAAGUUCUUAGCCAGUUGAAGCACCCAAACAUUGUGCAGUAUUAUGGUAGUGAAAUAGUUGAAGACAAAUUUUAUAUAUAUCUGGAGUAUGUUCAUCCUGGUUCGAUUAAUAAAUAUGUCCGUGAACAUUUUGGAGCCAUAACAGAAUCAGUUGUUCGCAAUUUUACUCGUCAUAUUCUUUCUGGACUUGCUUACUUACAUAGUAAAAAGACAAUCCACAGGGACAUCAAAGGAGCUAAUCUGCUUGUUGAUGCGUUAGGGGUUGUUAAGCUUGCUGACUUUGGAAUGGCUAAACUUCUGACUGGACAAGCAGCUGAUCUUUCUUUGAAGGGAAGCCCAUACUGGAUGGCUCCAGAGCUCAUGAUGUCGUUUAUGCAGAAAGAUAGCAACUCUGAUCUUGCACUAGCUGUUGAUAUCUGGAGCUUGGGUUGUACUAUAAUUGAAAUGUUUACCGGGAAACCUCCUUGGAGUGAGUUUGAAGGGGCUGCAGCUAUGUUUAAGGUUAUGAAGAAUAUUCCAACCAUACCUGAAAAUUUAUCAGCUGAGGCCAAGGAUUUUUUACGAUGUUGCUUCCGGAGAAAUCCUGCAGAGAGGCCAACUGCCAGCAUGUUACUAGAACACCGAUUCUUGAAAAACUCGCAGCAUACUGAUGUCACAUCUUGCUCCCAUUCAUUUACUGGGAUGAAAUUGACUGAUAAACCCCAAAGUCCCAGAGAACAUUGUGAGGGUAAAAUUGAUCAGUAUCCUCUAUACCUAAGCUCACAGAGUCUGAAAAAGUUGUCUUCUGAGAGCCCCUUGCAUCAUUCCUUUUCUUCAGCGAGAAUGAUCAAUGACCGCCUUUUGAAAUUUCCAACUUAGAGUUUGGUUUCAAUAAUUCUCCAUGUUCAAUCCUUGAUGAUCUUCCUAGUUUAUAUCCUCUAUGCAUGGAGCACAACAAACAUUGUUCAAGCCCUUGUUGACAUGGAGGAAUGGAAGUGCUGCUUGCUUAUUCAAAUAUUGUCAGCGUGUUAGGAAGGUUAAUUGAUGUUGUAUUAGAGUAACUUACGAAGAUAGAGCAUUGAAAUUAAUGUUACGACGAAUACGAUAAAGCAAUGAAGUUGUGGGGAUUGAUCAAAUGCUCCUGAAGUGUGUAAAGUUUUAAUAACAUCCUUGAAGUUGAAGCAAAAGUGUUUGUAGAUAGAGUGAACAUAGAAGCAGGUUUUUGUACACUACUCACUAAUUAAGAUUUUCUUCAAUUAAUAGAAGAUCUGUGCAUAUAUGUAUAUUGAUAUUUUUACAGC